AUGGAUAUCAAAAGCAGUACCAGUCCAAAGAACGCGUUGAAGCCCUACGGAAGGGGAUUUAGACAAAAAAAACGUUCUUUGACUUCUAUAACAACUUCGUUUUCAAACACUGAUGUAAACGCGAAGUUUGGAUUCGGACCUCCAUUCCUUUUCUCUCUUCCUGAACCAAUCGAUGAUCCUUGGAGACUCAAUUCUGAGUUGACACUAAGAGAUAUUGGCGCGAGACCUGUGUCUACACAUGCUUGGCGCCGUAUACUAGAAAGAAGAAAAGUACAUAAUUUUUUUGACAGUACUCAAGAAAAAUAUAAGAAAAAUAUAAAAGAAAGAACCGAAGAGACAAGCGAUGAUGAGGAUAGUAAAACCGUGUGUUCUAAACAAAAUUUUAAUAACAAAUCAAAUAAUGAUCUUGUUCGCACACCUAAUAUACAACAUGUUCAGCAGGCAGUAGAUGUGAAAGUUGAUGAAUACUCGCAAGAAAUGCUAAAAUCAAUAUCAGAAUGUUCCAAAAAUUAUCUUGAAAAUCGAUGUGCACCCGGAGAUAGGGUUCCAGCGGCCAAAAUUUCUGCAGAAGCAUUUGGUGAAAUAAUCAAUAAUCUUAUGGAACAAUUUUCGUAUAAAACAAUGCUUUUUAUGGUCGGCAUUGUUCUUGCCAUAUUUUUGUCUCGAGCCCUUAUUGAGUUAUUCAAAACACGGUUUCUUAAUAAUUUUCCACCACAAGCACCUAAUACACAUCCUGGCAUGCAUUCUAUGCCUUCACAAACCCCUAUGACACCAAUGCAAGUACAUUCAGUUUCUCCAAUUCAGCAUCAUAUGUCGCCCAGCACUUCAGUAGAGAAUUCGAUGACAUCACAACAUAAUAAUGUUGGAGUGUAUUACGUAGUAACACCAACACGCUAA